UAGUCCGAUUGCUUUCUGGCUGAUCGGAUUCACCUGCCGUGAAUCGAUACUGCGCAUGCGCAUGAUUCGCUUCGUUUUGCCCGCGCCGUGAAUUGACGUAGCGCCUGCGCAUAGUGCCGUUUCAUUUCGCGCGCCGUAAGUCGAUGUCGCACAUGCGCGUCAUGUCGUGAGUAGACGGUGCGCCUGCGCGUAUCGCCAUUAUUUCUUGUGUAUUCAUCGGCCUCGUCGCAUACGACAGUAGAUUUGUUUCACUAUUAACAAGAUAUGACGGGGACCACACGAACGACGAGUGAGAAUGAAUUACGCUCUUUUUUCGUCCUUUUCUGGGAAAACGAUUGCCUGCUGCCAAUGGCACUUCUUAUCGAUGCAGCUUACUUCGGAAUUGAUCGCAUUGGAUCGACGUUUACUUACUGAAUUCUCUGAUGGAUUCACGUGUGUAGCAUUUAAAACAUGGAGGGGACGCCGCUCUUUUCGUCGGCGUUAUAGAUAACAAAUUCCCCCAUUCGCGUGUCAACAUGGCUGCUGUCUAAUCUCCACCAAAAAAAAAAAAAAAAAAAAAAAAAAAAAAAAAAAAAAAAAAAAAAAAAGAAAAAAAGGAAAUAAGAAGACCGAUUGAGAAGAAAGGCAUAAAAAUCAAAGCGUCUCUCGACGAUAACAAGUCAGGAAAAAAGUAAAUAUCUUCUAUGAUAGCAGACAUAUUUCCGAAAUAUUCGUUGACCGAUUGCCGGUUCGAAGGUAAAAUCACGUGAAACGUUCGUUGGCGGGUUAACAUUCGCGCAUGCGCAGAUGUGUAGAGCAUCUCCGGCGACCUUGAAAUGGAGGAGCAGCCGCAGAAUACCGAAGGACCAUCGAUAAACUCUUCUUCCCCCUCCGCGGACGAUACCGAUCUAAGCAUGGGCGCUGGAGCAGCUGGAGGAUCGGUUCUCAGCUUGCCAGGAUCAGGGGUAGGUGGCGUGCUUUCGCAACACUGCGCGAUCUGCGGUGAUCGCGCAACUGGUAAACACUAUGGCGCUGCUUCUUGCGACGGAUGCAAGGGUUUUUUCCGGCGAUCAGUCAGAAAGAACCAUCUUUACACCUGCAGAUUUAGUAGAAAUUGUGUAGUAGAUAAGGACAAGAGGAAUCAAUGUAGGUACUGCAGAUUAAGGAAAUGUUUCAAGGCUGGCAUGAAAAAGGAAGCCGUACAAAAUGAAAGAGAUCGGAUAAGUUGUAGAAGGCCAAGCUAUGAAGAACAAAGCAACAACGGAAGUGGACUUUCUGUUGUUUCUCUUCUUCAGGCGGAAAUGCUUAGUAGACAAGUUGGUGCUGCUCUCGAGCUAGGCAGUCCGAACAGCGAUAUAGACCUGAGCACAAAACAAAUAGCCAACAUAAACGAUGUUUGCGAUAGUAUGAAACAGCAGCUUCUUAUCCUGGUCGAAUGGGCCAAGUACAUACCGGCUUUCAGCGAAUUAACCCUUGAUGAUCAGGUAGCACUCCUGAGGGCACACGCGGGUGAACAUCUUCUCCUAGGCGUUGCCAGGCGCAGUAUGCAAUUGCAAGAUGUUCUUCUUCUUGGGAACAAUUGUAUCAUAACCAAGAAUUGUCCUGUCAUAUCAUUAUCCGCAGAGGGCCGUAAUCAGGAUCUGGACAUUAGUAAAGUUGGCAUCAGGGUAAUGGAUGAAUUGGUUAAGCCUUUGAACGAAGUACAGAUCGACGAUACGGAGUUUGCUUGCUUAAAGGCCAUCGUCUUUUUCGAUCCCAAUGCAAAAGGCCUAAGUGAACCACAGCGAAUCAAGCAACUGCGUUAUCAAAUUCAGAUUAACUUGGAGGAUUACAUAAGUGACCGACAAUAUGAUAGUCGUGGUCGUUUCGGUGAGAUCCUUCUGACUUUACCAGCUCUACAAUCCAUUUCUUGGCAAAUGAUCGAACAAAUCCAGUUUGUCAGACUGUUUGGAGUCGCACACAUUGACAACUUACUGCAGGAGAUGCUCUUAGGUGGUGCAACAGCAGAGAUCAACGGUGUUGCAACUCCAAUACCAAUUUCAAACGCUCCUGGUAGUUAUGUGAGCAGCAACGAGAGUCCUAGCAGUCCUUUGACACCAACAAAUAUGGCUCCAUUAAGUCCUCAGGAUCAUAUGUUGAGUAGUGGAAGUCCUGUAAUGAUCCUGAGGGAUCUUACACCUAUUUCGAAUCAAGAAGACGUGACUAGUGUAACGGGAUUCAGGAUGUUUAAACAAGAACCCAGCCUUGAAACUGAAUCAACCUUUUAAUGAUAUUAAAAGACGUUAAAGUUUAAAGAUUCUGACGCAUUGAUUAACAAAAUGCAUAAUUACUGACACAUCAACUCUAUAAACGUUAAAUAUCUAUAGAGAAACUUAAAAUAUUAUGAAAGGAUGCAGAAGGACUUUUGAGAUCAAAUUUAAAUGAUUAAACUUUAUUGGUAAGAGUUAAUGUAUUCAUUUUCUUGGAUUUUUGGAACAAGAGUGCAUUCUACGAGAGUUUGUAGUCUGCUUGAACUUCUGAAAUUUUUCACAUGAAACAUAUUGCAAUAUAAUGCCAGAAGUUGUUUCUUAAAACAAAUUCUUUAACCAAAAAGAAAAUGAUUGCAGAGUUAUCAAAAAACAAGAAAGAAUUUAGUUUGUGUGUCAUAAAACUUCCUUUGGAUGAUUAAUUUUCAAAUGUUUAAAUUGGAGACAAAUAUUGAGGAUACAUUAAAACAAAUUCACAAAUUUUAAGAUGGAUGGAAAAGGAAAGAUUCCACAUAAUCUAUAAAACAUAAAAUUUUUUAAAAUGACAUUAUUCGUUUUAUUACUUCUCAACUUUUUGUGAUUUGAGUGAAUCAAACGAACUCGUUGAAGAUAUUUGAAGAUGAUACAUAAGAUGGAGGACUGCUUUCAAACAUUUUUAAAGAUCUCGAAACAUACGAUAAGAUUUUCGAAAAGGUAUCGGGAUUCUUAAGAGAUCCCAAAAACAAGAAUGGAUUUCUAAAAAUCGUUAUCAACUUUGCGACAAGAAACUCAGAUUUUUUAACGAUCUCUAGUGAUCUUUUUGAACAAUUUUUAAAUGCUAAUGAUAAACCUUAUUAGAUUUACAAAUAAACAAACAGAACAUUUUUUUAUUCACACGCUACGUUUAUAAAUACAUUUGCUAUUUUUUAAAAUGGUGCAACUUUUUUAAAAAACGUUUUACCAAACUUCUCGCAUUCAUAUUCAUCAGUUUUGUUUGUAGUUUAAGAACACUUUUUAGAACUAGAUUAAGGAAUAUCAGAAGUGUUACCAAAUUUCUGAUUAUUGAGUAAAAGUCGCGCUCAAUCAAUUGCUCAAUUACUCAUUUUAAUCAUCGUAAUCAUAAGGUUCAAUCAAAAUCAGUCGAUAUUUAAUAAUAAAAUACUUUUGUUACUUGGAACUAAAUAUAUAAUGACAUUAAUUUACUUCUUAUUGCAUAAUAUUUAAUAAUCGUAUUUCAUAAAUAUCAUCGGAAGUAAACAAAUCUUUGACUUAAGGCAAAAAGGAAGAAAAGAAAGACAUGGCGUUUAUAGAAAAUUGUAUAAUUUUCUCUGUUAGAGAGGAACAAUCUUUCUUUAGAUUUAUUAUUUUAUCAUGAGCUAUGCUUCAUCAAUGUUCUCUAUUUUUAAUUUCGUCAGAAGAUCUUUGGUUUAAUUGGAUCUUGUUAUGUACGAUUACAUAAAUGCAAUCAUAAAUCUUCCGUGUUAUAUUCAUAGUACGUAAGCGUAUAGUUAUUUAUACAAAGGGUUUAUUAAUUAUAUUAUUUAUAAUAUAUUCCUACCAGAGAAUAUUUUUGUUACCACAAUAAAAUAUCUUGUUAUUCUUGUUAUAUAGAAUAUGCAUUGUAUUAUACGUACAUGUUAAUUAUGAUGAUGAUUAUUUUUAUAAAUGCUUUUAUAAAUUAAACGUACGUUACAUUCUUCUAAAAAGAAUAUCGGACAAUAUCGACCAUCUCUUUCUUACACAUCGAUAUCUAUAGGAGUGUGUGCAACAAGAUUUUAAAUAUUGUACAUAGUAUUUUAUAAGGACAAGUUAUGUUUGUAUACAUAUUAAUUUUUAUCUAAUGAAGUCAUCUUAAUGUCAUUUACAAAGAUCAGGGUACAAACAUGUAAUUAUCAUUUCAAAAUCUAUACUUUCUAGGAAAUGUGCCAAUAUAAAAUAUAUGACUUUCAUAAUAAAUUCAUUUUAAUUACA